UUCGCAAAAUCGAUCCGACCGACUUAAAAAAACCAACAAGCCAAAUUUGUGCUGCCCUAAUUAACAAAAUGCCACUGGUUCCUGCACCACCACCGGCAAGAUAUACUUACUUAUAUCGUGAUCUUCCCGUUACUUCUCAAUUAGCAUUAACAGUGUGGGAUGUUUACGGUCCGCGCAAGGUAGUUCCAGUGGGUGGCACCACUUUUCGCCUUUUUGGAAAGCACAAUACUUUGCGAAAAGGCAAGCAUAAAUUGUAUCUUUGGCCAGAUGUGGAAGCUGAUGGUUGUGUGCGUACAACCACUCCCAGUAAGGUUGGUGACAAAACUGAAAUGGAUCGAUUGGAAAAGCCACCAGUGGUAAACAAUGGUCAUGGGCAGAUUAAUACAGUCACAACUUCGAGUGACCCGAACAUAAUUCUCAUUGUUGAUCCAGAGAUUUCACGUGAAAAUCCAGUAGAGGCAAAACAUAGACGCUUGGUGAGAAGCCAUCGUAAUGGGCCAUUUGAUCGUGAUAUGAAACCAAAUGCGAAAAUUCGAGAUGAAUUAAAUGGGAUAUUAAAAUAUCCUCCAACACAACCCCUUACUUCGGAAGAAAAAGACCUACUCUGGAAAUUCAGAUUUUAUCUUACUCGUGAGAAAAAAGUAAAGCAGGCUGUUGAAUUAUUACCUCAAUGGGCUGAUAUAGACUUGGAUGAUGCUCUUGAACUAUUGGGUGCUAAUUUUGAGAACCGGUCUGUUCGUGGAUAUGCCGUCAGUCAAUUGAAAAAAGCGGAUGACGAGAUCCCUACAGGUCUCGAUCGACGAGAUAUACUUCGUCGGCAAGGAGAGUUAGUUGUUGCACUUUCGUCUAUAUCUAAAGAAAUUCGCAUGAUGAAAGAAGCUAGACCUAAAAAAAUUGAAAGACUUAGGGCAAUAAUAUCAGAUCCUAAAAAUGGCUUAUUGCAAUUUCCACCUUUGCCUUUACCACUUGACGCCCGUGUAGAAGUUACUGGUAUCAUUCCAGAUCUCAAAUUGACACCCUAUAAAGUUCUGCCCACUGGUUCAGAUCAUGGUGUGAUGCAAUUUAUCACAUCAUCAUCAUUAGCAAAUGUUUUGAGUGAAUACAAUGGUAGUUUGUUACAGUUCUUGAAAGCACAUCACCCUGAAGAGAAGGCAGUGGGAACAUAUGGAGUUAGUCCUGCUGUAAUGGAUACUUAUGUGAAAAAUCCCAAACCAUUCCCACCACCUAUGAAACUAUGUAAAGAAAUGGUGGAAGCAAUGGGAGGCGCAAAUUCAAUUCAUUAUCAGAGAUUUAAAAGCUAUUGUUAUAUAGCGUUUAAUAUUUUACGCAAAAGCGCAAAUCUAAUUCUUAAUUUGUUAGCGUUAAUGGUUGACGCAAACAUAACUGAUAUUAAAAUUGAACCCGAUAAAGCAGUUUGGAAA